CAUCCACGACUGCGACAAUACAUGAAAAACACUAUUAACUUUUGAGGGCCACGAAAGUUUCAAGUUGUGUCGAUUCAGUGUUUAAAAAUAAUGAAGAAAGAAUCUGCUUACUGUUGCCGUUGGCUGGAGUCGGUGUAAUACAUGCUAUUUCGAUAAGGUUUAGUUUAUUUGAUCAAAACAAAGAAGAAAUCAGCAAAAAUGGAGGACAACCAAAUGGACAGCGAAAUGGAUACAAAUUUUCUCAACCAGUUUAGCUCUAUGGUUACUACUGACAAAGAUGACCUAAUAAAGCAAUUUCAAACAAUUGGAGAAAAUCUAAACUAUUCAACUGCUACAUUCUUUCUGGACAUGAGUAAUUGGAAUCUACAAACGGCCGUUGGAUGUUAUUUCGAUUUUAUGGUUUCAAGACUCCCUUCUAUGAAGUUUUUAAACGAUUUAACUGUUGGAAAAGACGAGAAAGUAACACCAAACACAGCUUUCAAACAAUCGUGGCUAUUGCAGAAUGAUGGAGAAUCCGUUUGGCAUGGUACUUAUCUUCGGAACGAGACAGACGAUAGAAAAUAUUAUUUACCGUCUCUGUCCCCUAACGACACCACCAUAGUCACUGUAGACCUGAUAAGUCCACCAACAAAUGGGCCAUUUGUUUCAAAGUGGAGUUUAUACACUGCGACUGGAUCUCAAUUCGGAGAAACAAUUACAUCAGCAAUAGAUGUAUGCGAAGGAGGAACUCUUGCCAUAACUCAACAACUAUCCCAGCUGCAAGCAGUGUCAGCACCACCAGAUAUGGAUCCUGCGGUAGCAUCUCAGAACACUCAACCAGGAUCUCUGGAAGAUACGGAAAUGUGGGGCUAAAUUAUGGGCCUGAAAGUACAAAAUAUAAGUAACACAGUCUGUUCGUUGUAUUGGAAUGAUAAAAUUGUACUGCUAAAUUCGCGAAAUAAGCUACUGAAAUAUAUGUUUUUACAAAUUAACAAUGGAAACCUUAA